UCCAUUUCAGGUCCAGUGCAUUGAUGGCUACAUUUUCUAUAUAUAGCGAUAGACGUGAAAAGUGAGUCAAAAUAUGAAGGAUUACCUUACACACUAAGCAUCUUUUUACUGCCAUUUACUGAAUUCUAUGAAGGGUUUAUCUCAUUUUUCUUCACUCACCAAAUGGCGCCCACAAAGAUUUCAUUUUUUCUCUUGGAGUUGUACAAGUAACCAUUCUUUGCUUUUACAGGACCUUUCGAUCUUUUUCACUUGUCCUAUUCUUGUUUGAUUGGGAUUUAUAUCAGUAAGUGGGGUUUAUUUCAAAUUUUCAAUUCUUUACUACAUGAAAGAUUCGUUUCAGGGUAAAACUUGAAGCAAAAAGAGCCUUCUUUCUUGAUAUUUGAUUCAGAAAAUGAGGUCUUUAGUGUUUCUAAAGGUGUUGAUAGUUUUAUUACAGUUAAAUGGAUGUUCUUUAGGUAAGGAGUGUACUAAUAUUCCAACUAGUUUGUCUUCACACACUGUAAGAUAUGAAUUGUUGUCAUCUGGUAAUGAAACAUGGAAAAGGGAGAUGUUUUCGCAUUACCAUUUAACUCCAACAGACGAUUCUGCCUGGUCGAAUUUGCUUCCGGGGAAGCGAUUGGAGGAGGAGGAGGAAUACAAUUGGGCAAUGAUGUAUAGGAAAAUUAAGAAUACUGGUGGAGUUGUAGGUUUGCUUAAAGAAGUUUCAUUGAAUGAUGUGAGGUUGGAUCCCAAUUCAAUGUACGGACGGGCUCAGCAAACUAAUUUAGAAUAUUUGCUGAUGUUGGACGUUGAUAGUCUCGUUUGGAGCUUUAGGAAGACGGCCGGUUUGGAGACUCGUGGCAAGCCUUAUGGUGGAUGGGAGGAUCCAAAAACGGAGCUUCGCGGCCAUUUUGUAGGGCAUUACAUGAGUGCUUCAGCACAUAUGUGGACUAGCACUCAUAAUGACAGCCUCAAACAGAAGAUGACUGCUGUAGUUUCUGCUCUUUCUUCUUGUCAAGAGAAAAUGGGAACAGGGUAUCUUUCUGCUUUCCCUUCCGAGCAAUUCGACCGGUUUGAAGCUAUAAAACCUGUUUGGGCACCGUAUUAUACAAUUCACAAGAUAUUGGCAGGUCUGUUGGAUCAGUAUACUUUAGCUGGUAAUGCUCAAGCUUUAAAAAUGAUGACAUGGAUGGUUGAUUACUUCUACAACCGUGUCCGGAAUGUGAUAUCAAAAUACACACUUGAAAGACACUGGUUAUCACUAAACGAAGAAACUGGAGGCAUGAACGACGUCCUUUACAAAUUGUACAACAUAACGGGGGAUCAGAAGCACUUGUUGUUGGCUCAUCUUUUUGAUAAACCGUGCUUUCUAGGAUUGCUAGCUGUGAAGGCUGAUGAUAUAUCUGGAUUUCAUGCUAACACUCACAUUCCAGUUGUUAUUGGAUCUCAAAUGCGGUAUGAAGUUAGUAUUACAGAUUCAUCGAAAGGUGGUGGUUCUUCUACUUUUCGCUUGAUUUCAGGGUUGGACGGUAAAAAUAGAAAGGUUUCCUUGGAAUCUGAGGACCAUAAAGGUUGCUUCUUGUACAGCAGCAUCGACUAUCAAUCCGUUACAAGCGUUAAGCUCAGACGCAAAUCAUCAGAAUCUGGAUUUAAACAGGCAGCAAGUUUUACUUUGAGAAAAGGAUUGAGUGAGUAUCAUCCUAUGAGCUUCGUGGCAAAAGGGUCCGACAGAAACUUUCUUCUGGCUCCAUUACUUAGCUUAAGAGAUGAGUAUUACACUGUAUAUUUCAACAUUCAGUCGUAA